GUGUGAAGAUCUAUUUUGUUAUUACCAAAAUCGGUGAGAAAUAGCUGAAAUAUUAUGUGAUCACAUACACGGCAUUGACUCCUAUUUUAUAUCCAUCCAAUUCCAACCUCCGACUGAAGCUGCUGCUGCUGCUGCUGCUUAAGAUCAAGUUAAAGAUCCUCUGAAAACAAACCCUAAAAGAAGAUGAAAUCGUCUUCUCUUUAUUCCAAUUCCAAUUAUAAUAAUAAUACAAUUAUAAAUGUAGAAGCUAGUGCUAAGAAAGUUAUUGUUGAUAAUCGAAUUUCUCUCCCUUACUAUUUUCGGAUCGCCGAUAACAUUCUCCGUCAGGCUGCAAUUUUCCGACGAGAGAAAAAUAUUAUUGACUUGUAUAUAAUGCUCCUUAGAUUUUUAAGUUUGGCUCAGGAAACAAUACCACACCAUCGAGAUUAUAAAGCAUGUUCUCAAACGGAUAAGCUAUCCCUCAAGAAGAAAUUUAAUAGUGCCUUAAUGGAGGCUGAGGACCUGCGCCCAUCUGUGCGACUGAAGAUUAGCGAGUUAUCUACAAAACAAUCAAAUGGGCGGAGUCAACUUUCACAAAAGAAAUUGAUAGAUUCACCAAGAUAUCUACCAGAUGAAGCAUCUGUUAGGCAGCAAAGUCUGAUGAACAAUUAUGCCAUCAACAAGGCACCACAAGUUAAUGCUCAUGGGUAUGCGUAUCGAGAUGCUCAGAUACAGAUCUAUUCACCUGCCAAAUCUCUGGUCGAGCAAACUAGGCAAUUAUCUCUAAAUAUUCCGCGUGCACAGGAGGAAACACUCUCUAGACAUUCUAUAUUGGGUCCAAACGGACUUCGUGGGCAAUGGCAGACGCCUACCGUCAAUUAUGCGGUUCGCUAUCCAAGCAUCAUUGAUUUGACACCCGUGGAGAUUCCAAGGGAGAACAAGUUGCCUUCCCUGGAGGAUGGCGUGUCAGUGGAAAAAGGGGCUCCACACGUUGCUAGCAACUUAGAAAGAGAAAAAUCAAGUCACGAAUCAUUUGCUUUACAAAACAAUAACAAUAAGCCACAUGUUGAUGAACCCGGUUCCUUGAUUUCUUUCGAAGAAAAACUAGAAAGUCCAGUUCAGUUGGAUAUUAUUAGGCAGCCUUCUCCACCUCCUGUUCUUGCCGAGGUCCAAGAUUUACUCCCAGCAUCUCCGGAUACAGGCCCUGGAUCUGGAAAUCCCAUCGAUGAUGUUUGUUCUGAAUCUCCUCUGGAAUUGCACAUUUCAUCAAAAGUGAUGGACCAUUUCAUGAAGGUGGCAAAGUCAAAUACAGACAAAAAUUUAGAGACAUGUGGUAUUCUUGCAGGGUCACUGAAAAACCGAAAAUUCUAUGUGACAGCACUAAUCAUCCCAAAGCAAGAAGCAACAGAGAACUCGUGCCAGGCAACUAACGAGGAGGAAAUAUUUGAAGUGCAGGAUAAACGAUCACUCUUUCCCCUUGGAUGGAUCCAUACUCAUCCUACACAGUCUUGUUUCAUGUCAUCAAUUGAUGUUCAUACCCACUAUGCAUAUCAGAUUAUGUUGCCCGAGGCCAUUGCGAUUGUCAUGGCACCAAGAGAUAGUUCAAGAAAUCAUGGCAUUUUCCGGCUGACAACACCUGGUGGUAUGGGAAUAAUUAGAAACUGUCCUCAUCGUGGUUUCCAUGCACAUGAUGCACCUUCAGAUGGCAGUCCAAUUUAUAAACAAUGUACAGAUGUUUAUAUUAACCCCAAGUUGAAUUUUGACGUGAUUGAUCUACGACGAUGAUCUUUGAAAGACGGGUAUGAUAAGAGUUCAUUUCAUGCAAAUACUAUGUAUAUACUGGAAAAAACCAUUUUCAUUGACAAUCUGAAUAUUGUAACCGAAGUAACUUGUUUGUCUUCCUUGAAGAAAGAUUUGAGAGUGAUGUUUGUAAGGGAAACCAUCUUUCAAGAAAUUUGUAUUUUCGCAUCAAACGUCUAUACUCCAUAUUUUUUAGUAUAUAUAUGUUAGACGUAUUUAUUCAUCUCGUU